CUGGCAUUAUUUGUGUGCAGAAUCAAAAUGGGCAGCGAUCUAACACACACGAGAAAAAGACUGAGGCGUUACUACCACGGACCAGUCAUUAAGAAAACGAGAGCAAAGGUUCAGUUUGCAGACCUUCCCGAUGAUCUGCUGUCUACGAUUCUAUCAAAAUUGCCACUGAAGGAAGCUGCAAGAACCGUCAUUCUGUCAAGUAAAUGGAACGACGUGUGGAGAGUUUGCCCCAAACUGAGAUUUGAUGGCUUCACAGUGUGCAGUGACAGCGUGUUUGGGGGAGAACAGUACACUCAGAAAUUCAUUGACAAUGUUAAUGCAGUCAUGCAGAAGCAUCAGUGCAUGGUCGUUGAAGAGCUCGUGAUCAAAUUUGGGUUUGACAGCAGGGUACUGGGUCAUAUCAACACGUGGGUUGCUUUUGCCGUUUCAUCACGGAUGGAGAGCCUUGCCCUUGAUUUAGUGCCAGCCAACUCCCCGGGCCGUACUGAUCAGUACAGAUUACCGGUUGAGCUGUUGGACGAUGGAAGCAUAUUUCGGCUUCGUCAUCUUCAACUUAGCUUCGCAAGUCUUGAACUACCCCCUCAAUUCAGUGGUUUCCCUAAUCUGAGAACACUUGAUUUGCACUUGCUACAAGUCACUCGAAAUGAUCUUCAAGAUAUGCUGUCAAAUUGCAUCAAUCUUGAGUGGUUCAGUAUGGUUAGAUGCCAUUUGAAUGAUGAACUGACGGUAGCACGUCCGUUGUCAAACCUGAGAUACCUGCGUGUUGCACACUGCAAGAUAACCAGGAUAGUACUCCAUGCAGUGGAACUCAAAACUUUCUUGUUCUAUGGGCGUCUGUAUCCUAUUGACCUUGGGCAUACUCCCAAACUGAAGCAUACAUUUCUUAAUAUCUAUUCCCUGUUAACUGUUGAGCAUGCUUUGACUGUGCUUCCCAAAGUGCUUCCAAGUGUUCAAGAUCUGACAUUGCAUGCUCAUUUUACACUUAAGUUGAAAUAUUUACAUUUGAAGCUGUCAAUUGGUCAUAGGGAAGCUGGGAACAUUCUAUCUUGGGCCUCUUUUCUGAGGGCUGCUCCUUCUGUUGAAAAGUUAGAAAUGCAUUUUAGUGUUUUGACAUUCGCACAUUGUGUCUCGGAGCCUAUCAAGAGCCUUCCACGGUGUCCACAUAGUUAUCUGAAGAACCUGUGUAUUACAGGAUUUUCUGGAACAACAGGACAACUUGAAUUUCUGGUGCAUGUUGUUGAAAAUGCCCCUGCUCUGAAGAUAUUGACGAUUAAAGGAGCUGACUCGAGUGGCCGUGAUCUCGAUAAUGAAGGGAAAAGAAGAUUUACUUUGAAGUUUCGCGAAUUGGAGAGGAAAUACCUUCAUGGGAUAAUUUCACCAAAUGUGGAGCUCCGUAUUAUUUAA